AUGAGUUCAGCAGCCCAAACUAUCACUGCAUCUCCAGCAGCAGUAGCAACAACAACAACAAUCACAACACCACCAACAGGAGCAGUCUUUCAACCAUUCAUUGGCAAUCGCGUUAAACCAACAUACCCAUUAAGACAAGUCCAACGCAUUAGAAAACAAAUAUAA